UGAGAGAGUUACCAGGAACCAGGAACCUGCUUCAGGCAGCUCCUGUGCCAUGACCUUUGUGGUCGACACGGAUGGCUUCUGAGUGUAUCCUGCCUCCCCUUCCCCUGCCCAGCCCCGGCCAGUGCCUGCCUGGACAAUGGCCUGACCCCAGCCUUGCUCACAGGCUGGCCUGGGCCCCAGGUCCUGGCCGGUCAAGCUCUGGGUGGUCGCAGCUGACACUCUAUCUCUCAUCAGCUGCCACCAUGAGCCUGCACAUCCAGUUCGAGCAGCUGACCGAUGCCAGGUGGACGGAGCUCCUGCCCCAGAUCCAGCAGUGCCCGGUGGUCAGGGUUGAGGACUGCGGUGUCUCGGGAGAGGCGCGGUGUGGCGCCCUGAGCAAAGCACUGCGGGCCAAUUCCGCCCUCACGGAACUCAGCCUGGCCUUCAACGCGCUGGGGGACACGGGUGUGGGCCAGGUGCUGCAGGCGUUGCAGGGCCCCAGCUGCCAGGUGCGCAAGCUGAGCCUUCAGACGUGCUGCCUGAGCGAGGCCGGCUGCGGGGUGCUCCCGGGCGCCCUCCGUGCCAUGCCCGCGCUGCGUGAGCUGCAGCUCAGCGACAACGCCCUGGGGGACGCGGGCCUGCGGCUUCUGUGCCAAGGACUCCUGGACCCUGAGUGCCACGUGGAGAAGCUGCGGCUGGAGUACUGCAAGCUGUCGGCCGCUGGCUGUGAGCCCCUGGCUGCAGUGCUCAGAGCCAAGCCCGGCUUGAAGGAGCUCGCGCUGAGCAACAACGACCUGGGCGAGGAGGGCGUCCACGCCCUGUGCGGGGCCCUGCGGGACGCAGCCUCGCAGCUGGAGGUGCUCCGGCUGGAGACGUGCGGCCUGACAGCGGCCAACUGCACGGAGCUGGCGGAGGUGGCGGCGUCCAGGGGGUCGCUGAAGGAGCUACACCUGGGCGACAACCCGCUGGGCGACGCGGGGCUGGCGGCGCUGUGCGCGGGGCUGCUGCGGCCCAGCUCCCAGCUCAGGACCCUGUGGCUGUGGGACUGCAGCUUCGGCGCCGACGGCUGUCGCGACCUGUGCCGCCUGCUGAAGGUCAAGGACAGCCUCAAGGAAGUCAGCGUGUCCGGGAACGCGCUCGGGGACCAGGGCGCGCGCCUGCUCUGCGAAGCCCUGCUGGAGCCGGGCUGCGGGCUGCAGACCCUGUGGGUGAAGUCCUGUGAUCUGACGGCCGCCAGCUGCCCCCACUUCGGCUCCGUGCUGGCCCAGAGCACGAGUCUCCUGGAGCUGCAGCUGAGCAGCAACCCGCUGGGGGACGCAGGGGUUGAGGGGCUGUGCCAGGGCCUGGGCCAGCCUGGCUGCGUGCUGCAGGCGCUGUGCCUAGGGGACUGCGAGGUGGGGAAUGCCGGCUGCAGCCGCCUCGCCACGGCCCUGCUGAGCACACCCAGCCUGCGCAGACUGGACCUCAGCAACAACUGCAUGGGGGACGCUGGGCUCCAGCAGCUGGUGGACAGUGUGCGGCACCCAGCGUGCGCCCUGGAGCAGCUCGUACUCUAUGACAUCUACUGGACGCAGGACAUGGAGGAGCAGCUGCAUGCAUUGGAAGAGGCCCGGCCCCCACUGCGUGUCAUCUGCUGAGCUCCCCCC